CGUCGAACGAUCGAAAAGCUUGGUCAGUUGUAGCGCCGACUCGGCUCGAAGUUGUGUAGUUUAAAGGCACACCACUGUACAAAAUAGACGCACGUUUUUUUUUUUUCUUCCUUCCUCGUAUUAAGCAACGUAGAGAGAACGGUAACAAUUCGCAUAGAGGCAACGCGUGAGAAAAAUCAUACGACAAUGCCGCGUCAAUCAGCAUGCUGGGGAAAAUUCGUAUUCGUAUAUAUUUUACAAUUAUUUUCAUAUGCAACUUCCACGGUGCAUGUGCGACUGAUAGCACCGAACUUCGUAACAUACAACAGCACAGCCACGCUGCAUUGCAACCAUAGUGUCUCGGAUGCUGAAUUGCAUAAAGUCGAGUUCAUGAAGGACGACAAGAAGAUAUUACAAUACAUAAAGGAUAGGAAGCCACCGUUCCUCGAAUCGAAAGUGGAUGGCGCAAACAUGGAGUACUUUGAAAACGGCACGACAAUCAAAUUAACGAACAUACGUUACGAGGCGUCCGGCUCGUAUUGCUGUCAAGUUUCGAUGACGACCCCCAUUUACAGCAAGACUUCCGAGAGCGUUCAACUGAAAGUUAUAGUACCACAGACUGAAGACCCGAAAAUCACGUUCAAGAAACGAGAGUACAUGGUCGGCGAGAGUCUAGAGGCAAACUGCACCUCCUCGGCUGCGCAUCCGGUUCCUCACUUGACUUGGUACAUAAACGGCAAGGAGGUGGAUAUCAGUCUGGUAAAUCACUAUCCGCACACGCGUCACGAGCACCAACUGAUGUCCGCUACCGCUCAAUUAACGAUAAAAGUGUCCGAGUUGCACAUAGGGGAGAAUGGUUAUUUGGAGAUCAGCUGCUAUUCAACCAUUCCUGAUUAUCCGUUGCACCACGUGCAGUACGCCGACGACAGGAGAGAAUCAGUUACGGUGCAAAUUCUAUCCACGCCGGUGGUCGAGUCCUCUGCAUCGAAUGUCGCGCAGGGGCCUCUAGCUACGUUACUGUGCAUACUUUGCGCGAUGCACAAGAUCAUUCCUUAAUAAAAGUCAAUUGCUUUAGGAUAAUUAAAACGAGAGAGAGAGAGAGAGAGAGGAAACAAAUAAAGAAGAAGAAAAAGACACAAAAGAAAAAAAAAGAAAGAAAGAAAUGUGUAAUAUACGUAAAAGAAAGAGAGAAAAAGAGAGUAAACACAACUGGAGGGAGUAAGGGAGAAUUUGUGGGAGAGGGGUGGGGGGAUAUAUAUUAUAUACAUACAUAUAUAGAUAUAUUAAAGAACGAACAAUCACAAUGUCUUCCUUGAUUAUACCGAAAUACACGGGGGCAGCGAUUUUAUUGUCUUGCAGAAAUUUUAUAAACUCAUAUAGACGCGGCUUCUUCGUGCAACUAUUUUCGAUUGUCGCUUGUAUCGAUCGUUAUCUAUUCCGCGGAAGAAAUAUCGUCGGAUCCCCCAUAGGGGGGAGGGUGCCCGUUCGUUUUUCUCCGGUCCCUCCCGAGAGACUCGCGAGAGUUCGCGAGACACGCGACCGACGACCGAAGACGGUGAUAAUAAGAAGAAAAAUUAAAAGAAAAACGGAAAAAAAGGGGAAAAAAGCAAGAGAAAAAGAUUUAAAAAAAGAGAAAAAAAGAAGACCUUACGUACAUCACGUGAAGCAAAAGAUAAGGAAGGAGGGCAAAAAAGAAAGAAAGAAACAGAGAUAUAUAACGCAUAUAGUGGAUAGCAAUUCACACGCCGGUUUAACAGUGAUUUUUUCUAAAGAGGAGAAAAGACGAAUAAAAAGAAAAAAAAAAAAAAA